UAUGUUAUCACAUCACAACAGUAUGCUAUCACAUCACAACAGUAUGCCAACACAUCACAACAGUAUGCUAACACAUCACAACAGUAUGCCAACACAUCACACCAGUAUGCUAACACAUCACAACAGUAUGCCAACACAUCACAACAGUAUGCCAACACAUCACAACAGUAUGCUAACACAUCACACCAGUAUGCCAACACAUCACAACAGUAUGCCAACACAUCACACCAGUAUACCAACACAUCACACCAGUAUGCUAACACAUCACAACAGUAUGCCAACACAUCACACCAGUAUGCCAACACAUCACACCAGUAUGCUAACACAUCACAACAGUAUGCUAACACAUCACAACAGUAUGCCAACACAUCACAACAGUAUGUUAUCACAUCACAACAGUAUGCCAACACAUCACAACAGUAUGCUAACACAUCACAACAGUAUGCCAACACAUCACAACAGUAUGCUAACACAUCACAACAGUAUGCCAACACAUCACAACA